CGACAUGUCCGACCAACUUUUUGUCGCCUUCGAGAAAUAUUUUCUCACUAGCAACGAGGUUUGUAGGAACUUGAUGAAGACCCUAAAGAUUUAUUUUUUAGGUCAAAAAGAACACAACGACAGAAAUUUGGUCUUUUUCGACGUCGAUUUUCUUCGCCGUCACGGUUGUCACCACGAUAGGUUGGGAAAUUGUUGAUCGACGGGGAAAACUAUUAAGAGAUCACUUAAGUGGUGUUAGAGGUCUAUGGUGGUCACUUGAAUCUUGAAUUUUGUUUAAAAAGAUACGUUUAGUUUUUGGGCUUUUUCGGACAUUGGUGUAAGGGAAAAAUGGAAAAAAAGGUAGUUUUUAACUCAAAAACAAAGUAUUUAAUUUAUUUCUUUUGCUUUGAGAUCUCCCUUCAAGUCAAUUAUUGUAUAAUAUAGGAAUUUUUCAAAGAUUACAGUCUAAAUUUUUUUACUUUCACAUAUUCCUUCGAGUCAAAUGUUUCAACCCAAAAAAAUUGAAAAAAAUCUGAAAGUUGAUUGAUUUUUUUCGAUGGCUUUUUCUCAGAAUGUAACAGCUUCCCUUCAUAAAAUCGCCUUGAAGAGAGAGUGAUUUUUAAUUUUUUUCAGUUUCUUAUAAUAAUUAGUUUAUUCACAAGAGAAAAGUCAUUGAUCGGAAAAAUUACAGAUAAAACAAAAACUAGAGGCUCGAACUAAAAUUUUUUUCAGGUUACGGUAACCCGGUUCCUGUGACGAAUCUCGGCCGGAUCGUCUGCAUCAUGUUCUCCUUGUUUGGUAUCCCCCUCACCUUGGUGACCAUUGCUGAUCUUGGUGAGCCUAUUAAAUUCUCACUUUUGAGGUAAUAAAUCAAUAACCAUAACCAUAUAAGGACAGGAAAAUUUUGAAGGCUCCCAAGAGUCUACUUGAUUUAAAAAUACUUUUUAAAGGUCUAACAGUCCUCUUAAAAUGGAAACAUUAAAUCUAUGAUGUCACUUGGCUGGGUCUUGUGGGGAUCGAACUUGUGACCCUGAGGACCAUAGACAAGCACACAACCUAUUGCGCCACGACCCGAUUCUUCUCAAAACCUUUCCUGAAAGAUUUUUGGGGGUGCCCAUAGAAUUUUUUUUGUUCUAGGGGCUUCUAUAAGAGAAAUUUGACGAUCCAUAUGGGGUUUAAACUUUCAGACUCCCUGUAGGGACCCCUCCGAAGUUCCUCAGUCAUUCAUAAAUGUUCAGGCAAGUUCUUGUCGGAGCACUUGGUGUGGUUGUACGGCAACUAUCUGAAACUGAAACAUCUGAUCCUGGACCGAGGUCGGAAAGAUCGACGGGAACACGUCUGCGAACACUGCCAGAGUCAUGGAAUCGGCCACGACAUGCAUAUUAUCGAGGAGCAACGGUAACAGUAGUUGGGAGUGUUUUCUGAAUGAUUCAUAGGCUCUAUAAAUUUAAGAGAAAUCUUUAGAAUUAAUCAGGAAGAUGUUGAGUUUGAGAACACCUUCGAGGAUUUCUUAGAAAUUGAAGAAAGCAGAAUUCAAAACGAUGUUUAUAAGGUCUGAGAACACCUCCAAAAACUUUUUUGCGAAAUUUUUCGAGAUCUAUGGUUACUUUGUAAAGAUCUCCAGAGUUUCUUGAGAUUUUUCGGAGAUUUCCCAAGGUUUAUAGGAAGAUAAUCUGAAUGGAAUGCUUCCAGAAUCCCGGCCCUACUGGUAUUAGCGAUAUUGAUAGCGUACACGGCGCUGGGCGGCGUCUUGAUGUCCAAACUCGAGCCGUGGUCUUUCUUCACCUCUUUCUACUGGUCUUUCAUCACCAUGACUACUGUCAGUUUUCAUUUUGGCCUCACGGACUUCUGAAUUAAGAAAUGUAGUUUUUCACGCUGAUUCCAAAACUGUCCUCAAAAGUUGUCAAAGAGGUCUGUGAAAAAAGUUUUUGCGGCUGUUUUUCAUGACUUUGAUUUACUGGGAAAAAUUUAGUGGUCACUAUAGAGUUUUGACGUGUUAGUGGCCACUGUAGUAGUCAAAUUAGUGGCCACUUUAGGGGUUGAAAAUUAGUGGCCACUAUAGAGGUCAAGUGGUACUACUACUGGGAGAAUUUUAAGUCGCCACUAUAGGGUUUCGAAGUUUUAGUGGUCCCUAUAGUAGUCAAAUUAGUGGCCAUUUUAGGGGUUAAAAGUUAGUGAUCACUAUAGAGGUCUAACUACUGGGAAAAUUUUUAGUGGCCACUAUAUUCUUUUGACGUUUUAGUGGCCAUUAUAGUAGUCAAAUUAGUGGCUUCUUUAGGGGUUAAAAAGUAUUGGCCACUAUAGGGUUCUUAGUGCUACUACUAGACCACUAAACAUUUUAGUGCCCACUUAAGGGUUCAAUGGAUCAACAUAACUGGCCCAAAACUGGUCCAAUAUGUUUUUUUGGAGUUAUCAGAGUUACUGGAAGGAAUACUGGAUGAAAAACUACUGAAGAGGCUAUUAAAUAGAGAACCUCUAUAGUGGCCACUAAAACAGAAAAUAUUGGCCACUAUAGAGGUUGGUUGAGUGGCCACUUUAGUAUCCUCUUCAAGUAGUCCCUGGGGAGCCUCUAUAGUGGGCUUUAAAGAUUUUCCCAGAAAAAUCCCGUUUUUUCAAUAAUUUUUUCUCAACUUUCAGGUCGGGUUCGGUGACCUAAUGCCCCGUCGUGACGAGUAUAUGUAUUUUUAUUCUCUUGUAUAUUAUUUUUAGGUUCGUUUUUUUAAAAAAUUCAUGAGGCUUGUAGUUAAUAUUUCUUCAGAAAAAAAUUUGAGAAAAAGGAAUUUUUGGAAGCCAAAAAAAUAUUUUUAAUACUUUUUGCAUAGAAAGAAAAUUUUUUUCUGGGUUUUUCGAGUUUUUUAAUCCUUUUUAAACUGUUUCCAUCAUUUGGCUCUACGAAAAAAAUUAGAAAAAGUCAAUUUUUUUCAACAGUUUUCUUCGAUUUUUUUGUCCUAAAAACCAAGAAAAAAAUAAAUUUUUUUAGACUGUUUUUAUCAGUUUUCUGUACUGUAAUUUCUAAAAAAUCAAUUUUUUAACCAUUCCCAUCAGUUUUCUGUCCAAAAAAAAUCAGGAAAAAUCAAUUUUUUUUCUACGAUUUUUUUCAAUUUCUGUCCAAAAAAUUACCGAAAAAUCAAUUUUUAGGAUUGGCAAUAACUACGAUGUGUAUCGACUUGGUCGGUGUGCAGUACAUCAGAAAGAUUCACUACUUUGGCCGAAAAAUCCAGGACGCCCGGUCUGCUCUGGCCGUUGUUGGCGGAAAAGUGCGCUCCAACGCUAAUUUCUUCGAAAAAUUGGGCCAUUUGAAGGUGGUCCUGGUCUCGGAAUUGUACGCGAAUCUGAUGCAAAAACGUGCGCGGAACAUGUCGAAAGAGGCGUUCAUCAUCGAGAAUCUCUACAUUUCGAAACACAUCAUCCCGUUCAUUCCCAAUGAUAUUCGUCUUAUUAGGUGGGUUCCAGAGCUGCUUUCUCCAGGAAAAUCGGGAAAAACGGUGGUUUUGUUAUAGAAAGGGUAAGGAUAACUGUGAUGAUUAUUUUUUAGCUUCAGAGAAAGUUUAGAACCCCUAAAUCGUUAUUUAAUGUUAAAACUAAAUAAAAAAUACAGCGAGAGGCCUUUUUGCGCUCCAUGGAUAACUUGGAAGUUGCUCAAAUCUCGGCUGAGCAACUAUAGGGAUCACUUAAAAGUGCUGACGCCCCUAAAGGGAUCACUAGUAAUGCCCCAUCACGUCCGAUUCGCAUUACCAGUGUCCGAGGAUUUUCUCAAACCUCGGUCACCCCGGAAGUUUCUGAGCAACCCUAGGGGUCACUUAAGAGUGCUGAAGGCCCUAAAGGGAUCACUAGAAAUGCCUCGACACGUCCGAAUCGCGUUUCCAGAGUCCGAGGAUUUUCUCAAACCUCGGUCACCCCGGAUUUUUCUGAUCAACUCUAGGGGUCACUUAAGAGUGCUGAAGGCCCUAAAGGGAUAACUAGAAAUGCCUCGACGCGUAACCAGUGUCCGAGGAUUUUCUCUUCUUCUUCUGCUUCAGCGUUUGUCCCGCUCGGUUCCGGGGUCCGCUAUUCUGGAUCGUAGGCGCCAUUUUAUUCGAUCGGCUGCAUGGUUCGAGGAUUUUCUCAUGCCUCGGUUAUGCACCCCGGAUGUUUCUGAGCAACCCUAGGGGUCACUUAAGAGUGAUGACGUCCCUAAAGGGAUCACUAAAAUGCUCACGAAAGUCUGGCUUGCGUUACCAAGUUACGAAUGGGAAUAUAGUCCGUUUUGAAAGGGCGGGACUUCUCUGCGCCCUCCUCGUCUCUCGACGACCCUCUCAUGUUUACGUGCUAUUUUCAUGUUUCUAACCUCGCCGUUGAGGGAACAGAGAGACGCAGACACGUGAAAACUGCCAAGUCGCGGCGGACGGGCUAUAGAUAUUUUGAAGACUUCGAGGAGGCUUAGAUUGAGUCGAAUGAGUAGCGUCAAGUUUUUGUGACAGUUUUGAAACGUAUUUCAUCUGUUGAUUGCCUUGAAUGUAUGUAGAAAAUGACGCUUCAUUCAAAAGUUUUAUAGAAUUUAUUCACGUCAAAGGGCGCGUUUUUCGCCUUUAAGAAAAGCAAUUCUUUUGAUAAGAUUUGGUUAAUUAGACGAUUUUCGUUGUUUUAUUCUUUCAAAAUCCUUAUUUUGACAGGUAUAUUGACCAGAACGUCGACCCGGGCACAAUGUCGACGUCAUCGUCUUCAAUGGACCUUCACAGCUGCCGAUUCUGCCAUUCGCGAUUCAGCAUAUCCAAUCACCAAUAA